AUGGACAAUUGGGCUGUUAAACACCAUAUCAACGUCUACAAAUCACCCAAAAACUGUUCUCUUGAACAUGGCCAACUACGUUGGCGUGAGCUUCUCUUUGACAAUCUUGUUUGCAUUAGCAAUGUGGGCCAAGCUGCUAGUUACCUCGACCGAGACUUCGUCAACUAUGUGGUCCUCGGAAAUGAGAAGCAUUUCAAGGGUCCAAGUCUUUCAUCUGGAGAAAUGCCAGAGGGUAAAUUCUACCCUUUGAUAAAUGCUGUAGAAGCAAAAGCUGUCAAUGCCUCUGAUAACCUUGCUCCUGCAGCUAUCAAAUCUGCUAUCAUGACUACAGCCAACACAAGAGACAGCACCAUGCAUCCAAUAUUGGACUUUACCAACGUAGAGGCAACCCCAUUUGAUUAUGGUGCAGGACAAGUUAACCCUAACGAUGCAAUAGACCCCGGUCUCGUUUACGAUACGACCAUUGAUGACUGUUUGAACUUCUUGUGUGCUCGGGGCUAUAACAACACCCAACUCAAGAAAUUUUCUAACAAACCAUUUGUUUGCGCCAAAUCAUUCGCAAUCAUAGAUCUCAACUAUCCAUCGAUCUCAAUACCGAAGUUGACGAUCGAUGGCCCCGUGACGAUCAAUAGAAGAGUUAAAAAUGUGGGAAGCCCAGGAACGUAUGUGGCACAUGUGAAGGUGCCUGAGGGAAUUGCGGUUUCGGUCGAGCCGAAUACGUUGCAAUUUAACAAUGUGGGUGAAGAGAAGGCUUUUAAGGUUGUAUUUCGACACAUAGGACAAGGACAACAUCAAGGCUAUGUGUUUGGGACAUUAAUAUGGUCAGAUGGGAAGCAUUUCCUCAGAAGUCCAAUUGCAAUGAAAUUGGGAUGA